AUGGAAUCUGUCAGAUCAACGCCGGGAACAGUUCACUUCCGGCAGCAACUACAGGAUCCCGAGUUCCGACGGAAGUUCAUCCACACCUUGAUACUGUACUUUGCGUUUCUGGUCCUGGGUGUCUGCCGUGGCCAGCACGGCCCAGCGUUCUUGGACCUGGCCCAGAUCACUGGUAGCAAUGUAGAGGAAGCAUCAAUCUUCUAUACAUCCCUUGCGACAGGGGGACUCGUGGGAUCAGUCAUCAUGGGUGUCCUCAUUGAGAAAGUGGCCAAGCACAGGCAAGCCAUUCUAGCCAGUUCUGUUCUAAUGAACGCUGUCAGCACCAGCGCUAUACCAUGGAGCAAGACCUACUUCUUGACCAUUUCUAUAUUUUUUGUUAAUGGGAUAUUAACAACGGCUUUUGAUGCAGGUGGAAACUUUGACAUGAUGAGCACGUCAAGUGUGGAAGGCAAGAUGUUUAUACAGAUUCUACACUUUGUCUUUGCUGUCGGUACCAUCAUAGCACCACUCAUGGUGGAACCGUUCCUAGCUGAGAAAAAAACAUACAACGCGACCUUCUGUGACAUACAUAACGUACGACAGUCUUAUAACUACAGCGAGGGACAUGCAGCUGACAGCUCGAAUGAAACAACCGUCCUUAUUCCGGAGAUUUGUCUCCCUUCCGAAAGUAAUAUCCAGUACGCAUACAUGAUAGCAGGUGCACUCUGUCUUCUGUCGGGGAUCAUGAUAACUGCAGAAUGCUUUUUCAGUCCUCCAAACACAAAACGUAAAACAAGAAAUGAGAAUCACCAAAAUCCCCGGGUGAUUCCCAGAUGGUUGCGUGUGCUUAUCCUUGGAACUGUUGGAGGCUUGAAUUUCUUCACCUCUUCUUCCAUCAGUGUCAUCGUUGACUACAUGAUGGCAUAUUUUGUAAAUGACCUUGGAUGGAGCAAAGAAAAGACUGCCAAUUUAACAUCAGUCUAUUGGGCGGGUUAUACCGCCUCUCGCUUGCUGUGUGUGCUACUUUAUCGAAUCCUUAACCCUCGUCAGCUUUUGUUUAUUUCUAAUGGUCUCAGCGUGUUGUCUUUAGCUGGUCUGUGGCUGAGCAUAAUUUAUAAAUCCGACCCAGGGAUAUGGAUCUGCAUGGUCCUUGCAGCAAUAGGAAUGUCAGCUAUAUUCCCAACUGCAAUUGUGUAUAUUAAAAAUGACGUGAUGAAGGUGUCUGGUAUGGUGACGUCAGUAAUCUGGGUGGCACAGAAUUUGCAAGGAAUUCUGAACCCUUUGUUGCUAGGUUACCUCUUCCAGACAGUAUCCUUCAAAUGGUACAUCUACAUCACUUUCAUCGAGGCCGUUUUGGCCUUCGUGUGUUUUGUGUCUCUUGUUGUGAUUGUAAAGACGCUUGUGACGAAGUAUGGCUCUCUUGAGUUGGAAAAUAUUGUUGAUGAAAAGAACAUAGAGGAGACAUUUAUUGAGAAGAUCGAGAGAACAGAGGUCAAUUGCCUAACAGAUUUGCAUGGUUAGACUCAACUAACACAGAUAGACCAAAGAGGCGACAAACGGGAUCAGGUGGUCAGGCUUGCUGACUUGGUUGAUGCAUGUCAUCGUAUCGAAAUUGCACUGAGGCUGCUCAAGACAGUAUUUGAUGCUGAGUGAAAGGCGUCACAGGCAUAGUCAUUUUGAUCUGAUAAGUGAUUUGUAGAGGUCCAGCUGAGUGUCCCCCGAGGUACACCAAAAUGUGCGUGAAAUUGAUCGCAAUUCGUUCUGGCCUUUAUGACAUCUGUUUUCUACAUCUUCUAAAUGUUUACUCCAAGUGAGGUGUUAAUCUGGAAUCACCCCCAGGAUUUUAAAAUUUGAUUGGUUUUCCUUUUUGGGAGAGACAGGGUAUAAUAGCAUCAUUCCCCCUGUAUUUGUUUUACUUGAAAGGUUGAAUCCACAUUUAUUGCACCAUUGAUCAACUCCGUCCAGGGCUGACUGGAGUUUUUUGGGAUUUGUGAACUAUCAUCACACAGUGCCAACCGAUUACGGGCUUACUGGAUCACCACAGCAAAUAAGUGCCGUCGGAUUCUCUGCCCCACAUUCACUCUGCGCUCAAGAAGAAGAUCAAAGACGGCAAGUAUUGCACCCUUGCUUUGCUAUUGUUAUCUAACCAAGACACUUUAGACGCAAGAAUGGCAGAAUAUGGUGGCAAUGUCUACCAAUUGAAAGAGGAUGUUAGGUUUAAUCGUACACUGACUCUAGCAGAAUUCAUCCAGGCCUUUGGCAUUUAUAAGGAUAUUUUCUACGACACAAAUAAUGCAAGACGUAAACAAUUGGACGUACACGAGCAAACUGUCAUUGAACUAGGUACAUUAUAUGGGGGCUCCACGCACUAUGACUUUCAUAAGUUAUUUGCUGCCAGAGUGGCGUCUUAUGCGGAACAAGGAUGCAGCAUUCGAUGGGAUAUGAGGGACACACAUUUGUACGGGUUGUGUUCUUCGGGUCAACGUUCCAGAUCGUGUACCAUAUGCCACAACAUCCCCCAUGGUACAGACUUGUGUCCCGAGUGACGUACUGAUAAAGUUUGGCCUAACCUGUUCUCGGACCGAAGUGUCAUCUCCGACAGGCAGGGGGCGACAGACAGAAACGACACCAGGAGACGACCUCGAGUUAAGUCAAACGGACGUGAGGUCUGUAAUAAUUUCAAUCAUCAGGGCUGUGUGAGAGUGAACUGUGCGUACCUUCAUGUGUGUCUCAAUUGCCAUGCCCCAAAUCACGGGCAGGUAAAUUGUGCGAAGCCUCCUAAGUCUAGACGGGAUAACCAAGCUUGACUAACUUUCCCGGAUAUAACCGGAGAAGAGGAUGUAGGCACUUUAACAGUCCCACUCACUCCCAUCAAUGUUCAGACUAUACAGGCAGAACUUGCUUCCCAUCCCCAUUCUCUAUUUGCAACAUAUCUCGGAUUGCAACAUGGCUUCAACGCCUUAAAGUCGGAUGUUCCACCGUCCACAACAGAAUGUAAAAACAAUCGUAGUGUUUCAUUGGACCCAAUAGUAGCGACAAAGGCAUUGCUGGCAGAAGUCGCAAAAAGGUAUGUUAUAGGACCAUUCCAGCAGGCACCAUACCCUGUGUACAGAAUUAACCCCUUAGGAAUUGCCACGGGAAGUACUCGAGAAAGAAGAGGUUAAUCCUUGAUCCGUCAGCCCCACAUGACUCAGAACAUACCACUAGUAUCAAUGAUCUCAUUAGUAAGGAAACUGCUUCACUCUCUUAUGUGACCAUAGACAAUGCGCAGUUAUUGAGCAGCUGGGACAUGGUGCACAGAUGUGUAAGGUGGACAUUACUGACGCGUUCAAACAGAUUCCGCUGCACCCCAGCUUCUGGCCUUUCUUUGGUUUCUCAUGGGAUGAUAGUUACUACAUCUACACUAGAUUGGCUUUCGGGUGCAGAUCUAGUCCAAAGAUAUUCGAUACUCUACCCGGACUAAGUGCGCGAAAAGAGAGUUGCUGUCUUUGUUAGAACAUUUAAACUACGCUUGUCGAGUGGUAGUACCAGGCAGAUCCUUCCUAUCUUAUCUGAUUCUACUGUCGGCAACUGUUGCCAAGUUGCACCACCAUAUCAGACUAUCCAGGCAAUGUCGGAUAGAUGCACAUGUGGAAGAAAUUUCUGAACCAGUGGAAUCGCAUCUCGAUUUUCCAUGACGACCAUUUCACGUCAGCUCGGAAUUUCAAUCUGUAUACGGAUGCAGCCGGAAGUGUAGGGCACGGGGGACUUUUUGAGGGGGCAUGGUUUGCCCAGACGUGGCCUCAGGACGUGACAAACAUUCCAGAUUUGGCACAAUCAAUUGCUUUCUUGGAACCGUUUAUCCUAUUGUGUUGUCGGCCAUUCUCUGGGGACGACAUUGGACACAGAAGAGAGUACUGUUUCAUUGUGACAAUAUAGCUGCUGUGUGUUUUAUCAAAAAGGGAAGAUCAAAAUGUAUGAACAUUGUGGCUCGGAUGCGGACCCGUUCAUGGCCAGCAGCUAUAAAUAACUUAAUCGUGUUCGCCGAACAUAUUCCAGGUGUGCAAAAUAACAUUGCAGAUGCACUUUCCCGUUUGCAGUUCAGGAAAUUCCGAGCCCUGGCGCCACACGCAGAACUCCAUCCAACGCCUUGCCCACCCAGCUCACAAGUGAUGUGGACCUGAAUCGUCACCUGGACACCCUGUGGUCACCUGCGAUCAGUCGACAAACAAGAACAGCCUAUUCUACAGGUUUCCAGUGCUACCUCAAGUUCAUGUUAAAGUUCAGUUUGUUCAACACACUGGGUGUUAGCAGUGUCCUGCCACCAGUUAAUGAAGCCUACGAUCAGUACUUUCUUGCCCAUUGCUUCGGCUCCCUAAAACUCUCACAUGACACCGUGAAGACUUAUCUGGCGGGAAUCCGAUUCACUUAUCUGCAAGCGGGCAUUAGGACACUGUUUGACGAUGUCUCAACCGGUGCCCUGAAUAGGAUUUAACCCCUACUAAGGAGCUUCGGAUUCCUGCGAUGCGGAGAAUUCACAUGUUCGGCCAACUUUGAUCCCAAUAGGAACAUAACUAUGAGUGACAUUAAUUUUGGACAUCUUAAAAGAACAUGUGCUAUAACCCUAAAAGUGUCAAAGAUUGAUCCCUUCCGGCAAGGGGUUCGCAUUGCUUUAUUCGCUUCUGACACCAUCAUCCAUGACAUGUCCCUACUAGGCCUUGUCCAAACUGUUUCCCAUAAGAACGCAGUGCAGGGCUGCAAACCAGGAUUCACAGUUUGUCAGUCGGGACUAUCUACCAAUAUCCAGGACUGUGUUCUUGUCUUGGUUAGAUAGGGUCAUUACACUAGCUGGCUAUAACUCCGCAGACUACUCGGGGCACUCCUUCUGGAUUGGAGCAGCCAUUACGGCAGCCACUGUUCACAUCGAGGAUCACCUCAUUCAGACUAUGGGCAGGUGGACUUCGGACUGUUAUGCCAGAUAUCAGAACGUCCGAAGCCACCUUAGUGCAAGCCCACAAGGCUAUGUGUCGCUAAUAACUAAGUACGAUAUUCAUGUUAUCUAUUUCACUUAUAUUCUUAAUUCUGUGGGGGCUCUCGGUUACUAACCUCGUUUGGGCGUCAUAAGCCACUCCAUACUCAGAGCAUUGAAGGCUUGUGGUCCCCAAAGAACAAUACGCUAUUUCGGCACCGUCCGGUCAGCACGACCAGGACCAGCUUAUCUCUAGGGAUCGUCCGGGUCUUCGGACCCCAGGACCUGCAUAUCCCUCCCACAGAUACCCAAGUCCGGGUCCCUAAGAACCCAGGACAUUCAGUCAUCUUACUCGGGUCGUCACAACCCCAGGGUGUCAACCCGGGUCACCUCGACCCCAGGGUCUCACAAGGCAACCGAGGCAGCCCCAACAUUAUGCCAAAUGUUUGUAUGUAAAUAUUUGUAUGUAAUAAAACUUCCUGUCAUGUACUACAUUUGAUGUUGUUUGUUGCACAAAAUGGUAAUUUAAUAGUUUAGUUUGUGCAACAACAACACGAUUUCUAAAAACCUCUGUCAUCUAAAUUUGUUUCAUUCCGUCUGGAUCAUGUUACAGUAAUUACUUCCCACAAUGAACUUCCAAACAGGCUGUGCAUGCCCAGUAAGCCGGACAUGACGUCACAGUUAUAUUCCUUUAUCAACCCAUCAGCCCCGCACGCGGUUACUUUCUCCAUUGUUGCAUGCCACUCAACCGUGUUACCCUCCAGCCACCCCUUAGCUCCUCCUGUAUUUCAUUGCUUCAUGUAUCAUGUGUAUCAUAUAUGUGGUUUUCUUUUUUGGAUUCGCUUGUACUAUGUAUUGGCAUGCAUUCCAUAGUCAUUUAUCAGGACCCCAGGACCGGCAUAUCCCUCCCACAGCUACACAAGUUAUCAGUCAUCUUACCAGGGUCACCACGACCCAGGGUGUCACAAGGCAACAGAGGCAGCCCCAACAU